CGAUUCUAUUCAAUAUGGAGUUCAGCAAGUAGCCUGAUUCACUCUGCAUUUCAGUGCUCUCAUUCAGUUUACGGUGUCUUUUUUUGAAUGUGAGGCACAAACUAUGAACUGUCCCCCGCAGAUGCCAGCCUAGAGGACUCCGUCGCGGACGUCUGACAUAUUUGCAAAUACCGUUUUAUUGUAAACAAUUUCCUAGCCUACUUAACCACAACCGCGUAUAGAAGUGAACUGUUAAACUGUUGAAACAACUACAAACUACUGGGUUCCUUAAAACGCUCCAUUGUACGCUUUCUCGACGCCCUCAACAUCCGGAGGAAGAUCUGAAUACUCAAUAUUUUCCGCUAAAGUAACUUAUCGGGCAAAAGGUGACAGUCGACUGGCUCGUAGAAUGCACAAUGCAGCGAGUGUCUCAGCCUCUCUGGGGUCUUUGGGAAUGUUGCGUCUCUUUGGGGUGUCCUGGUCCUGGAGUCUGGCAGCAGGCCUUGGGGUAUAUCUGGGCACCAGAACCUGGAAAUACUUCUACAUUGCAGCACGUACCGCCAAGAGGGACCUCAAUGGCCUGUACGUGCUGUUGAGAGUGAAGCUGUCUUUGUGGCGCUACAUGCGCAAUGGAAGUAACAUUCCUUCCAUAUUUGCCCAGACAGUAAAGCGCCACCCAAAUAAACCAGCACUGAUCUAUGAAGCCACUGGGGAAACGUGGACCUUCACACAGCUGGAUGAGCUGUCUAAUGCAGUGGCCCACUGGGCGAGAAAUCAGGGCUGGGUCUCGGGGGAUGUGGUGGCCCUCUUCAUGGAAAGCAGGCCGUUACAGGUGGCACUUUGGCUGGGCCUCGCCAAGGUUGGUGUAGAAGCUGCUCUCAUCAACUUCAACCUCCGCCAUGAUUCUCUCCUUCACUGUAUCGGGGUGUCAGGGUCACAGGCGAUUGUGUUUGGAGCUGAGCUUGCUGAUGCUGUGCUGGAGGUCAGUUCCUCCCUCAGCCAGUCCAUGGUACGGUUCUGUACAGGAGAUCUCAGUGCAGAACAUCUGGCUGGUCUGGGUGCUCAACAUCUGGACCCAGUUUUAGCCUCUGCAUCUAGACAUCCCCUUUCACCUUGUGCUCCUCCCAAAAGCAUGAACGACCGUCUGUUUUAUAUUUACACCUCCGGUACCACAGGACUGCCAAAGGCUGCCAUUGUGGUACACAGUCGUUACUACAGAAUUGCUGCUUUUGGAUAUUUUGCAUUUCGCAUGCGCCCUGAUGACAUCAUCUAUGACUGCCUGCCUCUCUAUCACUCAGCAGGUAAUAUCAUGGGAGUCGGUCAGUGUCUGAUUCACGGACUCACUGUGGUAGUGAAGAAGAAAUUCUCUGCCAGCCGCUUCUGGGAAGAUUGCAUUAAGUACAAGUGCACUGUGGUGCAGUAUAUUGGAGAAAUCUGCCGUUACCUUCUGUCUCAGCCCAUACGGUCUUCAGAAAAAAGCCACAAAGUGCGGCUGGCAGUGGGAAAUGGGUUGCGGCCCAGUGUGUGGGGGGCCUUCACAGAACGUUUUGGAGUGGCACAGAUUGGCGAGUUCUAUGGAGCGACUGAGUGCAACUGUAGCAUUGCCAACAUGGAUGGAAAGGUUGGAGCCUGUGGAUUCAAUAGUCGCAUUCUCCCCAACGUGUACCCAAUCCGUCUGGUAAGAGUGGAUGAGGACAGCAUGGAGCUGGUUCGCAACAGCCAGGGCCUCUGUGUGCCCUGCCGUCCAGGGGAGCCAGGGCUUCUGGUGGGUCGCAUUAACCAGCAGGACCCAUUACGACGUUUCGAUGGCUAUGCUAACCAGGAUGCUACAAGGAAGAAGAUAGCUCACAAUGUCUUCAAGAAAAAUGAUUCUGCAUAUAUCUCAGGUGACGUGCUGGUGAUGGAUGAGCUGGGUUACAUGUAUUUCCGUGACCGCGGUGGGGACACGUUCCGCUGGAGAGGAGAGAAUGUCUCGACCACAGAGGUGGAGGGCACACUCAGCAGUCUUCUGGGUCAGACUGAUGUAGCUGUGUAUGGUGUGACAGUGCCAGGUGUGGAAGGUAAGGCAGGCAUGGCUGCCAUUGCAGACACCACGGGGAAUUUUGACUGCGUCGGUUUCUUGCAGAAAAUCCAGGAAGUGCUUCCUUCAUAUGCUCGGCCUGUGUUCCUACGUCUCUCACCACAAGUAGACACCACAGGUACAUUUAAAAUCCAGAAAACCAGGCUGCAGAGGGAGGGAUUCAACCCACGUCUCAACACUGACCAGAUCUACUUUCUGAACACCAGAGCUGUGCGAUAUGAGCCUGUAGAUGAGGAGCUAUACAGUGCUAUAGUGGAGGGGAGGAUUUCUUUAUGACACCGAGGUCAUAGCAGGGCAGUCUUGGGGGGCCUCAGUUACACAGAUGCUCUUGAGAGAGGAUGACUUACGCAUACACUAGUAUGAGGAUCAGUCAGUUUUGGUGCACCACUUUCCUGGAUUUUAACCUUUCAUGGAACAAAGUUGAAGACUACUUACAUAAGGAGAGUGUCGUUGCAGAAGAUGUUUUAACAGUGUAUGAGUAACACACCAGGACAUAAUGGAAAGACAUUUAUUCCCUUUUUAAUAACUCGUUUUUAAUUAGUAAAUGAGCUUCUCCUCAAAAAGCCUUUGUGCUUUACCGCACAUAGAGUGGGUAUCUCCCACAUUACUUACAAUAAUGUGAUUAGGACAGCAAGGGGUAGAAUCACAGCAAACUCUUACUGUUACUGGGUAUAUGUAUACCCAUUACUGAAAUAUGCUGCAAGAAUAAUUCUAUGUAGGUUUAAGCAAUACUUGAGUGUGAAGCUGUGGGGUUUCUGCUGUGUGUUUGGAUGAGGCUGAAAAAACAGAAGUCAGCAUGCAGUACAUGUGGCAUCUAGAUCAAACACUAACCAUAGAGAAUUUUUUAAUGCAAUGGAAGACUAAUCUCACUUGUCUUAUUUGAACCUUUGAACAACAAUGGCACAGGUUUGCAAGUAAACAAAAAUUGUUACUGUCAUGUGCCUUAUAUGAAACUUGAGAUCUGUGUUUUGUUUUCUUUGGAAAGGAGCUCAAGAGAUUGUGGAAGUCACAGUAGUGAUUUUGUGUCAUGCAAAGCUGAGUCACCCACAGUUACUGUCAUUUAAUGUAACAAAUCUUAUCCAUGUAGUAAUAUAUAGGUGUUGAAGCUUAUGAAGCUGUUUACAGAUCUUACAGACUUUGUUUUUUUUGUUUUGUUGUUUUUUUGUUAAUUUUUUUGUUUUGCUGUUACUCAAAUUAAAUAUUUUAAAACAUA